GGUUUUCAGAAAUGCCUACGAACAAUUAUGUUGAGUGCAGUUUUUGGAAUUUCGAUAGUCUUUUUCAACCACAACAACAUCCUGCUCGAGAUUCUCAUGAUACAUUUUUCCUUGCAGAUCCUGAGAUUUCAGAUAUCAACAAUACAGUUGAAUCUUGUUACAUUGAUAAAGUUCGUACUGUGCAUAGUCAAGGUGCUUUUGGUAGUCGAGGCUAUCAGUCACCAUGGCUAAUAGAGGAAGCGGAGAAAAAUUUGUUGCGUACACAUACAACAGCAGUGAGCGCCCGAAUGCUUCAUGCAUUAUCUAAAAAGGUAGGUGAGAUCUUUCUACAGUGA